CCGCCCGGCCUUUGUCUCGCCUCAGGGCCUGCGGCGUCGGCGUCGGGGCGGAGCCGAGGAGGAGAAAAGAGGGCAGCUUGUUCAAUGAUCCUGGAAUGCAGAAGAUGUACGGCGGCAAGACAUCCUGACUGAAAACCUAUGUGGUUUGCCACAGCAAAAUGGCAAAAGUUGACGGCGUGAUAAAUGAGGACGCUGCCAGAUUUGAAAUUCUUUGGCACUGCUUGACUUUGGGACAAAGUGGAGGAGAUUCGAAAGCGGCACGCUCAGGAUCUUGAGUCAUUUUCCAGUUUUUGCGUGAAGGCACUAGGAUUCCUCAGUGUGACAUCUGUGGAUGGAACCAGUAGAAGAAUUGUGUGCAUCUGUGCUCUCCAAUUCUACAGAAAGAGAAUUUAUAGGAAACUAUGAGAUCCCAAGUGAGUACGAGGAAGAGAUUCCUCCUGGGGGUGAUCCAGAGAAGGUGCAGCAAGAUGAGCUUCUACCAAGACAAAAUGAAGAAAAUGCUCCUCAGAGUGAGGGAGGAGCCCUUGAAGCUGAGCAGAUGCAAGACAAUUGUCCUGAUCAGCAGCAUAAUGAAUCUGCAGGUCGAGAUGGUAGCCUGGGACUCCUCCAAGACAUCGUGUCUCCACCUGGGAUCCCCUUGGGAGUAGAACCUUUAUGUUACACCGAAGGUGGGGAGAGCGUCCAAUAUAAUUCAAGCCUUAAUGUCCAACCUGAGAUCUCUCCAGUGGGAGAGAAGCCUCAUAAGUGUACUGAAUGUAGCAAGAGCUUCAGCUGGCGCUCUGACCUUAUUAAACAUCAGAGAAUUCACACGGGAGAGAAGCCCUACAUAUGCAGUGAAUGUGGGGAAAACUUCACGGUGAGUUCUCACCUUUUUACACAUAAGAGAAUCCAUACCGGAGAGAAGCCUUUCCUUUGUCCCGAGUGUGGGAAAUGCUUCAGUCGGAACUCGCACCUUGUGAACCACCAAAGAACCCACACGGGAGAGAAACCUUUUGAAUGUAGCGAGUGCGGGAAAAGCUUCAGCGAUUUCUCAACCCUGACUCAGCACCAGAGAACGCACACAGGCGAAAAGCCCUAUAUAUGUGUUGAAUGUGGGAAAGGCUUUAUACAGAGUUCACAUCUCGCAAGGCACCGGAAAACCCACAUGGGAGAGAAACCCUACAAGUGUGCCGAGUGCGGCAAAGGCUUCCGAUACAAGACGCAUCUUGUACAACACCACAGACUUCACAUAGGAUAGGAAAGCAGGGGGAAGACGACUGCCUUGCCUAUAAAAGCUAAUUAAUGUUUUAAGUUUCAUGGGGAAAUGAAAUAAAGAAGGAACCUUAAGAAAAGUAGUGUUUUUAACUGUAGUGAACAGAGGCCAGAGCUGUACUUUAAGUAGGAAAAAUGUUUGCUGUGUGUAGUAAACCAUUGCUUGCCAAGUCAGUGUUUAAACUAUGUGUGGCAUAUGUGUCUGGAAAGCCUGGCCAAAUUUAUGUGGAAGGACUUGUAUGGCACUGGGGCAACAGCCAGUAGCAUGGAGCUUCUCCAAGCAACAGCGAGGGAGGCUGGGUGUUGCAAGUCAGGUAAUUUGGGGAAGUGGGUGAGUAUAGCUUCUGGAUUGAUGAGUUGGGUUGGGGAAUCAGAGUUCAACAAAGAAUGGGAACUUUGGACCUGUAGGGAUGCAGUCACCAAGACAUCAGCUGAUGUGCAGUAAGUGAGAGGAACACUUUGUUGAGCAGAAAGUAUGCUGUGUUGUGUAGUUGAAUCCAAAUGGUGACUUUGGAGACCCCUCCCUUUUUCAACGGCAGGUGGGAAAAUUCCCCUUCAUCUUUCACACAAUAUGUCCCCUGAUUGCAUUGAUGUUUUCUUAUUAAAAAUUAUAUAUAUAUACGCAUGCUGCUCUAGGGGCUCAGCUGAACCUGGUGUGUGGGGGAAGAGGAAAUGGAAGAGCUUUUGAACAUAUUAACAAUGUUAACUCUACUUUGCUCUGAAAUAAAACCU